AUGUCCGGUGGUAAAGGUGGUAAAGCAGGUUCCGCAGAUAAGGCUUCGGUCUCCAGAUCUUCUAAGGCUGGUUUGACCUUCCCAGUUGGUAGAAUCCACAGAUUGCUCAGAAAGGGUAACUACGCUCAGAGAGUUGGUUCCGGUGCUCCUGUCUACUUGACUGCCGUCCUGGAGUACUUGGCUGCCGAAAUUUUGGAGUUGGCUGGUAACGCUGCCAGAGAUAACAAGAAGACCAGAAUUGUCCCAAGACACUUGUUGCUGGCCAUCAGAAACGAUGAGGAGUUGAACAAGCUUUUGGGCUCUGUCACCAUUGCCCAGGGUGGUGUCUUGCCAAACAUCAACUCCGAGCUGCUUCCAAAGAAGCUGCCAAAGGCCAAGGGUUCCCAGGAGUUGUAA